AAUACGGCUACUUAUAGAGAUCUUGUCAUUUUUGAAGAACGAUUGCGAGGCAACAUGGCGAGAUUAAGGAAACGAAAAAGAAAAUAUGAAACCUUGUUGAUCAGUUUAUUUACUUCGUUAAUAUACUUCUUUUAUGCCGUUUUCAUCGAUCCUAGCAAGGUUUUUCUGAUUCACUUACUCAACACGGUAGCGUUAUUAAGUAUAGCCGGUGGGCUUGUCUUUUUCUAUCGUUCCGGGCUUUAUUCAGAAAAGAUAGUUUAUGCACAAAAAUUCGUACCUCAUUGUAAUAGAGCAUUGGCAGCUUUUAAUUUGGAAUUCAACAAAAAACGGACUGGAGGGUUAAGCUUCCUAUCCAAUAUACCACAACAAUUUCAAGAAGGAUUUGAACAAUAUAGAAAACAAUAUCAUUUGAGAAAGAAAGCUAGACAAGCGAAAUUAAAGAAG